CUCGCUCGGGCCCAAGUCACCGCCCGCGUCCCCGGCUGAGGCGGCCGCAGCGGCCGGCGUCGAGGGCGUGGCGGCUCCUCGCGGCCCCGGGCGGAGGGGGUCUGUCCGCCCCAGGCGGUGCUCGUCACCCCCGGGCCUCUCCCCUCGAGUGCACAGCAGUAAGUGUCUGGCAGAUAUCCUAGAACUUUACCCACAGAGAAGAUGCUCCGAGACACCAUGAAGUCUUGGAAUGAUAGCCAGUCAGAUCUCUGUAGCAGCGACCAGGAGGAGGAAGAGGAGAUGGUCUUCGGUGAAAAUGAAGACGACUUGGAAGAGAUGAUGGAUCUAAGCGACCUGCCCACCUCACUUUUUGCUUGCGGUGUCCACGAAGCAGUGUUUGAGGUCUCAGAGCAGAAGGAGAGGUUCGAAGCUCUGUUCACCCUCUAUGAUGACCAGGUCACGUUCCAGUUGUUCAAGAGCUUCCGCAGAGUGCGGAUCAACUUCAGCAAGCCCGAGGCUGCGGCCAGAGCUCGGAUAGAGCUCCACGAGAGUGACUUCCAUGGCCAGAAGCUGAAGCUGUACUUUGCACAGGUGCAGGUGUCCGGGGAGGCUCGGGACAAGUCCUACUUACUGCCACCACAGCCCACCAAGCAGUUCCUCAUCUCCCCUCCAGCCUCCCCACCAGUGGGGUGGAAGCAGAGUGAGGAUGCCAUGCCUGUGAUCAACUAUGACUUACUCUGUGCUGUCUCCAAGCUGGGGCCAGGGGAGAAAUACGAACUGCACGCAGGAACCGAGUCCACUCCCAGCGUGGUGGUGCACGUCUGUGAAAGCGAAACUGAAGAGGAAGAAGAUGCAAAAAACCCCAAACAGAAAAUCACGCAGACUCGGCGCCCAGAGGCCCCCACGGCCGCGCUGAGUGAGCAGCUGGACUGUGCACUGUGAGCCCUGCCGCCGCACCUGUGCUUCCUGAUGCUGCUGCUGCUGCUGCACCUGUGCUUCCUGAUGCUGCUGCUGCUGCACCUGCACUGGAGCGCAGCCAGGAGAUGCCGCCGCAUCCAUUGGGCAGCCGGGCCAGCCUUGCCAGGCCGGAACGUGGGGUGAAGUAGCAGAUGUGGCCAGCUGUUUGAAAUUUUGAACAUAUUCUAAAUGGCACUUUACGCGACAAGGUUAGCCCCCACUGUGUGGCGCCUGACUCCUCCCCCAGAAACCUUAGUUCCCCUGAACGUGUAGAUCGUUGGGUACCAAAGGCCAGAACUAGAAUCACCCAGUGCACUACCAUUUUUACAGAUUUAAAAAUUAGUCUUACAAUUUCAGUAAUUUGGUGUGGGUAUUUUUGUACUGGUGUGGUAGUGUCUAACAAAUACAUUGAGCAAAGGCUGAAUGUUACUCAGUGUACAUGACUUCUUUUUUGUUGGAUACAAAAUCAUGUGUGGAAGUCAUUUUUCUCCAGUAUUUUUCCACUAGCCUUUGGAAUGAAAUGCCAAAUGAAUGAGAUUGUCAGCUCCACACAGCAUGCACAGAUGUGCUCUUGAUCUCGAUAGCCCUCUUGCAGUUGGUGGAGGUGGUGCACAGAACCCUGCCCCCAGUGCAGCCCUCCCAGGUAAGCCUGGGCUCUGCAAGCAGGCUGUGUCACUGGGAGCUUGGCUGCUGAUGACAAGGAGUUGCAGCCUGUGGAGGAGCAGCAGCUCUUCAGGUAAUCUCCUGACCAUCCUGAUGCUGGCCUGUCACUGCUCGAGUUGUCCUGCGCUGUGUGUAGAUUUGGGGAUGCUAGUCACAGUCUUAAAUUUUAGAAAAUAAUAAGACUUUCUGAAGACCACUUUAAAUUGGGAGGAGUUGUUUCUUUCUUUCUUUUUUUUUUUUUUUUUGUUUGUUUGUUUCUUUGUUUGUUUGUUUGAAGACAGGGUUUCACUUUGUAGCCCAGGCUGGCCUUGAGCCCAAGACUGUUCUCCUUCCUCAGCCUCUUGAGUCCUGGGAUUGAAGGUAUAAGGCACUGUGUGCAGUUCAUGCUUCCCUUUUUAAUAAAAUUUUCCACCUUAGCUUGCAGUUGACAUUUAGAUAGAAUUGCUUCUUGCACAUGUCAGUGCAGCAUCACUAGUGUGCUGGGGCUGCAGUCCCUCUUGAAGAAUGCUCUCCUGCCCAGGAGUGCCCUGCUCCAGGUGGGUCAGCUAGCCCCACCCUCUCACUGUGCUCUCUUACUACAUGGCACAUAUGCAGAGCUGGCUGGUGUUUAUGAAGGGACUAGACAUAGAACUAAGAAAUGAACAUAGCAGCUACUGUAAAGAAGAGUGGAGAGAUUGAAGCCAUGAUGGCUGUGUUCUUUGGGUGACGUGUUAGGGCUGCGUGUCUUGUGUGGUAGAAUUGAUUUCUGAAGAUUUAAACUGUAUUACAGACAUACACACAAAUGUCGUCUAACUUGUUGAAACAGGGUCUCACACAGUCUUGGUUGACAUCAAACUUGCUAUGGUCUCAAGGAUGACCUUGGACUCUGCUCCUGCCUCUGUCUCCUAAGCGCUAGGGUCUCAGGCACGCACCACCACACCUAACAGCAGCAACAACAGAAGGAGUUGUCCUUGCCUCAGACACUCUCAGCCCUCAGAUGCCAAUCUGCGUGUUUGCCAUUGGGAAACUCGGGUGGAUUCCAUUGAAGAUUACGAUUCCUUCCACACUGGUUUGUCGGAUCCAAAUCAUCAUCUGUCGGGUUACCUGAUAGGCUCUCCUUUGCACCCACCUUGAUUUUGCAAUUCUGAGCUCAGCAGUUUGCUUCUUUGGGUUGCAGGACAGACCCUAGCUGCCAGCAAGCAAGUAGAUUUUCAGCAGUUGGGAAGUUUUUGUGUUCCCCGUUAUGCAAUAGAAAUUAUCAGCCGGGCGGUGGUGGCACACGCCUUUAAUCCCAGCACUCGGGAGGCAGAGGCAGGCGGAUCUCUGAGUUCGAGGCCAGCCUGGUCUCCAAAGCGAGUUCCAGGAAAGGUGCAAAGGUACACAGAUAAACCCUGUCUCGAAAAACCAAAAAAAAAAAAAAAGAAGAAGAAGAAGAAAAAGAAAUUCUAAUUUUCUAAGUGAUCAAAACCCAAUUUUUAAGUUUGUCUUGGCUUUCAUUUUUUAGCUGCCAAUUAAAGAACAUCGCCUUUUUUAUUUUCUCUCAAGACAGGGUUUCUCUGUUUUAGCUCUGACUGUCCUGGAUCUCACUCUGUAGACCAGGAAGGCCUCGAACUCACCGAGAGCCACCUGCCUUUGCCUCCUGAGUACUGGAAUUAAAAGUGUGUGCCACCACACCUGGCCUCUUCCUUUUUUAUUUAAGUCAAGAAGUACAAACUACUCAUCUCUUUAAAUUUUUUGAGAGUAUUAAAUUGUGUGUAUGUAUGGGGGUGUGUGCAAGGAUAAGGGCAGUCAUUUAAACUUUCCUGGAUAGCAAAUGUUAAUAUUUUCCUCUUCUCUGGUAUAAUAUUUCCAUAAAACAAACUCUAGAAGAAAAAAUACCCAUCCAUUUUGUUGUUGUUAUUGUUGUUUUUGUUUUUCAAGACAGGGUUUCUCUGUGUAGCUUUGUGCCUUUCCUGGAACUCGCUUUGUAGACCAGGCUGGCCUCGAACUCACAGAGAUCCGCCUGGCUCUGCCUCCUGAGUGCUGGGAUUAAAGGCGUGCGCCACCACCGCCCAGCUGAAUUAUUUCUUAGAAUUAAUUCUACUAGGGGAUUCUGGCAUCCCCCCUUUGAGAUCCUUGGGAGCUGCUCUUUGGGAGCUCUUUCUCACUUUUCCUUAAGAAAUCUGCAAUUCAUUCUACAGAAAGAAACUCUAAAAGUAACCAUGGUUUCUUCAGAAUCAGAACCUCUGUGGGAAUCCAACUAUGAGGAAUGUAAGGAAAGAGAAUGGGUUUUGUGUUAGGAAAAACCCUGUGGAGGGUAAUGAAGACAUGACACUUAGGAGGGCUGGCCAGCAGGACUCCAGGAGUUUGGCUCUUAGAUUCUAGAUUUUCCCAACACACCCACCUGUGGAAACCAAAGAUCAAUCCAUGUAAAGAGGUGGAGAGGCAGAAGGAGAUAAGAGCAGCCCUUCAUCUUGGAAAACUGAUAGUCAGGUACUCUUACAGCAUCCCUCAAACAUUAGGAAGAGGCCAGGUGGGCUGGCACACACUUGUAAUCCCAGCACCCGGGAGGUGGAGGCAGAAGGGUCAGGAGUUCAGGGUUGUCCUCAACUAAAUAGUGAAUUUAAGGCCAGCCUGGGCUACGUUGGGUUAUCUCAAAAAAGGGGAGAGGAUUAUACAGAGAAGAUUUUAAGUUUCACAUAAAGGUUUACAUAGAUCAUUGUGGCCACUAAAUGGGCUGUUUGAGUUGAGGGGAUAGCCAGGGGACAGGUCAGGAGCAGUUUGUCCCAUAAGGGGACAGCUGUUUGCCAUUUUCAUGAAUUCUGUCUCUAAAAGUAUUUUAAAAGUGAGAAUAUAGAGUGGUACGGUUUAAAGAUUUAUUUUAUUUAUGUGUCAGUGUGUAUGUCAGUGUGUAUGUGUACAUAUGGGUGCCCACAAAGGCCAAAACGGCAUUGGAUCUCCUGGAGCUAGAGACAGUAGUAAAGCAUCCGAAGUGAGUACUGGGAAGGAACUGAACUCUGGUCCUCAAGAGCACCAAGCACUCUUACACACUGAGCUACUCUCCAGCCCCAGGCCUGCCUUUUUAAAAUGUCAUGAUUAUGGCUGGCCAUGAUGGGAACACCUUUAAUUUUAGUACAGCAGAUGGAUCUCAGAAUUCAGUGAGUUCGAGGCCAGCCAGGGCUACACAGUGAGACCCUGUCUAAAAAAGCAAAUCAGACCAAAAAAAAAAAAAAAAAAAAGUCAUGAUUAUCAAGUGAAAUGCUUUGACUGUCUUAGAAUCAAUGUGGCUGAGCUGGCACCAGACUUACAUGGGAGUGCACAGCGUAGUGGGGACUGCAGUUGGCCUUCCCUGUUCUUCCAUGUCAUUUCAUGCAUUGGGCUCUUAAAAUGUGGAGGAUGCUCCUCCCUGUCACAUAGAGAAGAACUGAAGGCCCAGCAGGUAGGAGAGACUCCUCCUUAGGAUAAAUAAGAAACAUCAGUGAUGGAGGCAGUGACUUGGGAGUUGUUGAUCAGCUUGAUUGUGGCUUGUGUUUUUAUCACCAUUGAGCUGUGGGCUUGCAAUCUGCUUACAUAAUCCUUGGUCAUCAGCACUUAUGUUAGCACUUUAUGUGGGCUUCCCUGGAUAGUCACAUUCAUGCAGUUAACUUGUAAACAGUCAUAAGAAAGGACCUGGGCACAGAGGCCACAUGCAUGUAGUUAAAGGUUUGCUGGGGGAAGUCCCUCUCCCUCUGUGCUUAGAAAAUCAAGUUCUAUUCAACCCUAAAGAUGGACAUGGGCUUUAUAUUUUUAUGUAAACUAUUUUAUAGACUCAAGGAUUUAUUUUUUAAAGGAAAGCUUUAGGUAUAAUUAUCAGUGGAAGUGUAUUCUUUGAUGCCUGGGGCUCAUGCCUGCCAGCUUGCCCUCUUCUCUGUAGAGCCUUGGCCCUCACCUGUCACACAGGUGAGCUUGUCACCUUUCCUCCUCCCUCUGUGUUCCUUAAUACAUUUGUGUUAAAGGAAACAACUGUCUGGGUGUGGUGGCACAGGCCUGUAAUCUCAGCCUUCAGGAGGGUGAGGCAGGAGGAUUGAGAGAAUGAGACUGGCCUGGGAUACAUAAGCAAAACCCUGUCUCAAAGCGGGAAAAAAAGGUGUUUUUCUUUUCUUAGUGUGACAAUAUAGAGGAACAAAAGUCCUGGGAAAAUAUUGGUUUCCAACCAAGAAGCCAUGUUCUAGAGACUCGUUCUGCACGGUUAGGUACGUGGGAAGAGUAAGGUAUAUGGACCCUGACACCACAUGACAAAUGACUGUUGGUGUUUUACACUCCCCUUGCAGUAUGGUUCUCCAGAGCCGUCCUCAUCCUCAGCAUGCCACAGUUCCUUCACUCUUUUUUUUUUUUUUUUUUUUGGUUUUUCGAGACAGGGUUUCUCUGUGUAGCUUUGCGCCUUUCCUGGAACUCGCUUUGGAGACCAGGCUGGCCUCGAACUCACAGAGAUCCGCCUGGCUCUGCCUCCCGAGUGCUGGGAUUAAAGGCGUGCGCCACCACCGCCCGGCCAGUUCCUUCACUCUUAAGUAGAGCAAACUGUGAUAGUUCAGAAUCAGAAUUACCAGAUGUGGUCAAGCAUGGUGACACAUGCCCGUCAUCCCAGCACUUCAAGGCGAAGGUAGGAGGAUUGUUGCAAGUUUAAGGUCAGCCUGGUCUAUGCGUCAGACCCUGUCUCAACAACAAGGGUUUCUGGGUGGACACACAGCCCAGCUGCAGAUAGUAGCAGCUGUUGGGUCUCUGGCCAGGGCUGGAAACUUGUCCUGUUCCCUGUAAGGUUUCUAGUCAAGGCUGAGAAGUGACCUCAGGGAAGGAAAUGUGCAGAGACCUGCUAACUUGGAUUUGUGCUUUCUCUUGGAAACCUGCAACCCUUGAAGUGGGUCCUGUGACCCUUGGAGCUCCCACAUGGCCUUGACUAGGUAUGCAUUCUUGUCAGAAGGAGGAUUUCUUUUCUAUCUAUGCAGAUAAUUUGUGUUUUUCUGUACUGUUCCCUGUUGGUCUCCAGUCUUCCUAAGUCAGCUCGAGGACUAAGGAGAGACAACAGGUGUCAGUCCUGUGACUGUGCCAUACCCUCUGCUUUCAGCCCCUGAGUAUUUAUUCCUGUCACUUGUGUACCCUUUGCAUCUUUGAAGGGUGAGAAAGCCUUCACAGCUGUUGUACUUAGUUCUUCGUAACCAAACCUGCCGCUGGAUUUCGUCCUGAAUCUGGACAUGUCUGUAAUCUCCCUGGUCCCGUGCUCUGUAGUGAAUACCGCUGCACUUGUGAAAAACGGUCAGUGAUUUUCGUCCGUGUGUCCUGUGUUUUAGUGAGCUUGAUGUGGUGGGCCAUAGUUCAUUAUCAGCUUCAACUGUCCUGUGUUCUGAGGAUCUCUAAACAUUCCUUGUCCUGUGAGGUGACAAAAGCAGAAUGUAAUUUGGGGGACACUUUGCAAUUACCUGUAACAAGUUUUGAUGUUGAAACUAAUAAAAAGUUGUUUUUUUAAAUCA